AGGGCAAGGAAAGGCAAACUGCAAAAUUUACACCUUUGCCAGUUGUUUAGGUAAGGCCGUACUUCCUUUAAGCGAAUUUAAGAUUUUUUUUUUUUUCAUCUUUUCUGGGAGGGAAAGAAGAAAUGCUUCACCGGAGAAGUCCCCACCGGCAUCUCCCGCAUCGGCCGCGUUUCCUGCACCGUCGUCCCCAAUGCUACACACGCGAAUAGGAAAAGGCGAAGGAAGCGACAGCAGCCCCACAGUAGUAGUAGCAGUAGCAGUAGCGGUAGCAGCAUUGCGGCGUAGCAGCGAGCAGCCGCUACAACGGCGAAGCAGAAAAUGCCAAAACGCACACGCACGCAUGCAGCCAUAACGAGCAUCAUCCUUCUUCUGCUUCACGCCCUUCCCCAAAAUGCGGGCAUAAAAAUUAAGAGUCUGAGCGAGGCGUUUAAUUUUAUCGAACCAGCCAUCUGGAGGAGCAGCUCCAAAUAUGAAAUAAGUCCCACUCUUCACUUUGUCCGGAGAAUAGAAAAAGGGAAUCGCCUUAAGAUAAGGAGUUCCCCAAAUGGGGAGCACACACAAGGUAGUAACGUCUCACCCAGUGGUGAAGAAAAUGAUGUGCUGGAGGAGCAGCGUAGCAGGAAUGAUAACGCGGACAACCAUGUGUCGAGCUACCAACAGGGGAAACCCACCCCAAAGGGAGGCACCACCGUAGAAGGGAACAAAGCCAAACGAGAGUACCUAAAUGGGGAAAUAUUAAACGAAGAAGAAAUAAAUGAAAACAUGAGGUUUCAGCAGUGGAGUGACCGACUGCAACUUUCGGAGGAAAACAGCUUCUACUACGACGCUGCGCAGGAGUGUGUAAGUACAAAGAAGUACUAUAAAAUAUAUCAGGUGAAUUCUAACUUUUACAAAAGGGAGUUCUUGUUGAGUGACAAGUCCUCCGUGAGCCUGGUCCCGUUUUUGAAAAAAAAGGAGAGCGAAGAAGCGUGCCAGUCGCUGACCAGAAAUUUUAGCGGCAAAAUGACGUAUGAUAUGUUCGUGGGGGGGAAGGGGGAGGCGAUGAAAGAAGCGGCAAUAGACGCUGCUACAGACGCGGCAGGGAGAACUUCAGUAGACGGUGCAACCGGCGGUGGCGGAGCCCCCCAUGAGGAAUCGCCGCUGAGCGAAGAGCAAGUGGAGCAGCUAUCGGACAUCAAUUUCGCGCUGCGGGCGAACAUGCUUUUCCCGACGGAGUCGCUGCGUAGCUCCAUAUACAUCGGGAAGGAGGCCUUCAACGAUUUUCUGGAAAAGGGAAAGGAGUCCAUCAAGCUGGCGAUGAACAAGCAUUUGCACCACUACUAUAGGCACAACAUGAAGAGCAGCUUGGACGACAAAAUCCUCCUCAUGUUCAUCCUGAGGUAUAUAAAAAAUUACGUGCUAAAAAUAGUGUAUAAAACAUUCCAAGUAAAACUGUCCAACGAAAUGGAAAUCGAGAGUGACUCCAAUGUACAGCCGAGUGGAAGCAACAAAAUGGUUAGCAGCGAAACGUAUGUAGAACUGGCCUCAGAAUUUGAAGAAAUUAUAAACAUAUUAACACACUUUAUAGAAAAAAUGAAAGAAAUGUUCAAAAUUAAAGAAAAAGAAUUGGAAGAUUACUUGUCCAAGAAAAAAGAAAUUAUAAAUUAUUCAACUCCAUAUGUUUUACAAAAUAAUGAAGAAGCAGAAAGACAUAUUAUGAACAUGUGGAAUUUUUUUAAUUUUAAAAUUUUCAAUAAUGAAUUGCCAAAUUUUGACUCCAUAAAUUUCUUUUGGCUAGCUGACAAAGUGGAAAAAUUGAAGAAAAUUCCAAACAUGAAAAUGUACAAAAUUGCCAAUAAGCAUUUUUUAAACUUACCCAAUGUGAUGUUCCACUGUGCGUUGAAAAACUCCCCCCUUUUAUUAAAUUACACCAUCUUGAAGGUCAUGUAUGAAUACCAGAAAUUAUUGUGCGUGGAUAUUUUACCCUUCAAAGAAGUGAAGAAUUAUAAUAUGUCCAAAAAAAUCGAUCAGCAGAAACAGAAAAUCAUCAAAUUCGUUCACGGGAUUGCCGGCUUGCUCGAAAAUAUCGACUUCCAUUUUUAUGCGCCCUAUUUGGGGGACCUCAAUUUGGACAACGACGAGGCGGCCACGUUUUACUCCUACGUGAAGGACGUCAAUGGGGACGACAGGAAGAUGUUCCUUCCGUUGGAGUACAGCAAGGAGCUUUCCUUUUGCCCGCGCGGGGGCACCAGUGUUGGUGGCGGUGUGGGUGGCGAUGUUAGCGGCAGUGUGAGUGGUACCAACCUGGAAGACCCUCCGCGGGACAACUUCCCCCCGGAUAGCUGCCCCCCGGACGAGCCCGACCAGGACGAGCCCGACCAGGACGACCUCACAAUGCUGCUCCUCAAGUCGAACGUCACCGGCGACAUCAACCGAGCCAUCCAGAUGGCCACCAACGUGUACAGGAAGAAAAACGUCAGCCACCUGUGGGGCACCCCCGCGGACGUCACGAGCCCGGAAGCGAGCGAGGCAGAAGGCAGGGCCGCGCUAAGAGUGAGAGAACACCCCGGGAAAACCAACCCGGGGGCUGCUACCCAAUUGAAGGAGAACAGCCCAGCACUGCAGCGGUUCAGAAUACCGCUAAACGAAUUUGCGUCUUCCCUUUUCCUGUGCGAUGUGAACAACUCCACGAAGCUUCUAACACAGGGGAUUGAAAAGCUAAAGCAGCUAAACGAGUUUGACUUAACCUACGUACAUAACGCCCUGACGUACGCGUGCAUGCGCUUUUUACACGAAAGCGGAAACGAAAAUGAAGAUGUGGAGAGCCUCUUAAAAAAGUAUGAAAAAAAUGAAAAGGUAGAAACGACCAACAACAUCAUGACGCUGCAAAUGAUGGUGGUCAUAGGGGAACUCUUCCGAAAUAUUAGGAAGACGAGGACCAAGGAGAAAUAUUUUUUUAAAAGAAUCCUACAGACAGACGUCAUUACAGAUAUAUACAAAGACGCCAGCAUCUACGAUGAACAAAUGAACAUUAACAAAAUGGAUUACGUAAUGAAUAAUUUAAAAAUUGCCUACCCCAUGAAAAGCAACAUUAUCCUGACGAAAAAAAAUAGGGAAGAAAUCGCCUACUACUUUUUGAACUACUACACCAAGUACCUGUUCCGUUUUGACUUGCCAAACAACGUAGUGAUAAAAUUUACGGACAGAAUAUCGGGGCUAAGUUUUUACGAUUAUAAUUUUGACUACGUAUCGAAUGAUGUGAUCAUUUACAUUCACAAUGAUGUUAGUAACUCGCUGGUGCUGUCUAGGGUCAUCCUGGAUGAGUGCCUCAACGUGUAUGAGAAAUACACCACCUACGUGCACAAGUAUGGGGGGAACACGGACAACUCAACCGUCAGGGAGGCCAAGAGCAAGCUGAAGAGGGAGGGCGAACCGGGCGAUGCGUCCACUACGCAGGGGCACAGCACUGAAGGGGGAAAUGAGCAAUCGGGAGGGAACCCCGCAAAGGGAGACGCCAAGUUGGAGGAGGAACUUCUGGAAGAUGAAGACCCAGACGAGGAGGAGAUGGACCACCUGGACGCGGAAGAGGAGCACAUCGACGCAGAAAAUAUCAGCUUGGACAGCGUCAAAGAGGUAGACAGCGCAGAUGAGCCGCCAACCGGGGACCACACAGGUGAUCCGCCAACCGACGAACCUGUGGACGACGAACACGUGGACAUCUUCAACUACGUCAAAGCGAAUCGCAUAAAGCAGUUCAUCCGGUUUGUGGCCGAAUACAACCAGUGGCCCUUCUUCCUAGAUGAGACGAUCAGCCUGGAUUCGUACCUGAACGGCGAAGAGCUGGAGCUGCUGAAAAACGUAAAGCACUACAACAGCUUGAAUAACCUUUUCCGAAAAAUGAAGGGAGCGCAAAUAGACAAAAAAAGAAUCAUGCAGGUAAUUCAAAGUGCCAUCAAAAGGGAGGACUGCAAGGAGACAUGGGAGGAGAAGAAAAUACCCAUCAAGCACAUCGCCUCUGCCCUAUUCACAAACAACUACAUCAAUCUGUAUAAGGUUUUUCAAAAGGGCAUAAAGGUAUUCCUAAAUAUGAGCUUAAACGAAAUUGACCUAGUUACGAACAAGUGCAAAUAUGCAUGCGAACUUGUGUAUUAUAAACGAUUGGAAGAGUUGAAAUCGUCCAACAAUAAUCUCAUUUUUACAAUGUACAAUGAAAAUGUCAGCUCGAUUGAAUACUACUUUGACAAGCUGAAGGAGAAAAUUAUUUUAAUCAGCCUAAUUAAAGAGGAGGACAUAUUUGGGACCCUCAUCAAUUUGAUAUCUGGCAUUUUCCCCAACAAAACCAAAUCGGUCAGCGAAUUUGAAAAUGGCACCCAGGAAAGGACGCAGAAGGAGAAGAUUGAUGAGCUCAUUUUCCUGUACGACGCGGAGAAGAAGAAGUGUGGCUCCACAACGGAGUUAAAUAGAUCCACCGUCACGCAGAACCUCUUUCACUUUUUCAACAAAGAAAUAUUUGAAGGCAAAAUUAAGGAUGUCCAAAUCGAGUUCGUCAAAAAUGAAGAGACUCUUUCCACGCACCUGAAUUUUAUCAACUCCUUUGAAAGCCCAAAAAUUUUAAUCAAUGAAAAUGUGUAUUCCGUUACCAUUUUGGCAAACGUCCUGCUGAAAGAAAUGGCCGAGAUUUUUUACUUCUACAAUGAGAACAAAAUCGAGAGGGAAAAUAAGCUCUACUUGAAGAGGGACUUCAGGAGCGCCUACCUGCCCGUCGUUUUCAAGUACGCCAAGUGUUUCCAGGGCGGCGAUAGCAAGGUGGCCUUCGACUUUGGCGAGGAGGACAGCGAAGUGGAUAAGCGGCACCACGAAGUGGGGAAGAAACGCGGCGAAGUGGAGAGGCGGCACCACGAAGUGGCGAAGCAAAACGGCGAGGUGGAGAAGCAAAACGGCGAAGUGGAGAAGCAAAACGGCGAAGUGGGGAAGCAACACGGCGAGGUGGAGAAGCAAAACGGCGAAGUGGAGAAGCAAAACGGCGAAGUGGGGAAGCAACACGGCGAGGUGGAGAAGCAAAACGGCGACGUGGAGAAGCAAAACGGCGACGUGGGGACCCUUCCGUCUCACUUGACAACCCACUUGUCAACCCCGGGGUUGGCCGCCCCCCCACUGCAGAAAGAACAACUCAUCGCGCAGAAGGACAAAAUGGACAUCGACAACCUGAUCGACCGAAUUGCAAACUACAACCACGAAGAAAUGUUCAAAGAGAUUUUGGAAUUUCGCAAAGAGAAAUAUAAUGACAAAGCAGAGGUGCAGAAGUGUCUGGAGGAAUACCUCUACACGUACGACAAGCUUAAUGCCAUGAAAUACUGCACCCCUGAGGGGAGUGAGAAAAAGGGAGAAAAGGGGCAAUCGGAUGGCAGCUCUGCGCAAAGUGCAGACCCCACUACGCCAAGCGCAGACCCCCCUACGCCAAGUGCAGACCCCGCAAUGGAGCUGUACUUCGAACCAAACGACCUCAAAAGCAUCUACCUUAACUACAUGUACAAAUACAUCGAGCACGUGAUUAAGAAAAAGGAGUUCCCCAUUGCAUUUAACGAAAUAAAUGAGGAAUGGAUUAACGCUCUGACGGAGCUCGAAAAUCAAAAAAUUCUGGUCUACUCUACAAAAAAUAAUAGUGGCCACCUGUACGACCUACUCAUUAAUAGCAAAGCAUGCUCGUCAAAGAGGGCCCUAGAAAUUCUCGAACACAGCUUACAAAAAAGGAACAGCGAUGACGAGCUGGUGGAGAGGACCCUAUCUCGAAGUGAAGACAGUGAUGCCAUAAAAAGCUUCGAUGAAUUCGUCCUGUGGUUAAAUAAAAAUAUGAGAAAGAACUACGAAAAGGUAGAUCACCAGGAAUUGUUAAAUGCUGAUGCACCGGAAAAUGUGAAGGAGGAUAUCAAGGACGUUAUAAAAGAGUACAAUGCUCUGUACGACGCCAAUGCUACGAGGAACUUAGACCCCAACAGCGUUACUAUUGACAAUUUAAAAGACUUGGUUAAGAAGCACAACAUUUCGAAGGAGGAGAUCCUGUCCGCCAUGAGUCAGCUGGACAUGCCCGAGGACUUCGACGUCGAUUCGUUGUUCAAGUGA